GCACCAUCUUUUGUGACAAGAUGACAGGCAGAGCCUGAAGUCAUUCAGAAACUUUUGCAUACAUUAAUUCACCCACGUCACCACUAUUUAGCAUUGAUUGAGCCAGGCUCUAUGCUGUUAAGGAAGCCAGCGUGCAGCACAGAGAUGCGUUAACUAAUACACGAGUACGAUGGAAACCGUAUUGGUCUAGAGACGGCAGGUGCGUGGAGGCAGUAAAAUGGAAGUCCUUAAGGCGCGCAAGUCUGUGAAGGGUGGCAGGAUUUAGCUCCUAGCAAAAAGGAAUUCACUUUCUCCAAGAGGCCGCCAAUAUUUUCAGCUGCCAAUUGUCCCUGGACGGGGCGACGAGGCUCCCUGUCUUCACCUGCAACCUCUCACAGGCCUGUGUACGGGGCUUCGGGCACGCAGAGCGGAUGCGAGUCCCAGGGCUGACCAGAGGGUGCCUGCUCCAGCGACAGCUCCGCUCACACGUGAGCAUCAGCUGCAGGGCCGCCCAGCGUCUGCGGGAAGGAGUGGCCCGGAAGGCGGACUGUCCAGGGCCUCCAGGGAUUGGGCUCCCGGCCAAGGGGCGGGACUCAGGCAACCGGUAUAAUAGAGGAGCACCACUGUCUCCGCCACAGUGCCGAAGCUGACGACUCAUCCGCGCCCUUGAGGCAAGAACACUAAACUCUUGCAACUCUUGACCCAGAGGGACAGAGGAAGAGGAAAAGGAGCGCUUCUUCCCGUCACUUCCAGCCCCAGCCUUACAGGAUGCGGCUCCUCGGGAAACUCCGAGCCUCCAGCGCGGGCAGCGCUGCACCGGAGCCCGCCUUCUCCAAUGUGCUCACCCCGGGUCGCAUCCCUGAGUUCUGCAUCCCGCCGCGGCUGCCGGCGCCCUGCGCGCCUGAGUCCCAGCCCCCGGCCGCCGCUGUGCCCCGGCGGUGCGCGGCGGAGCCCGACCUGUGGCCGAGAGGAGCUGAUGACAGCGCCCCGCGCACGGACUGGGACCCGCGCUCGCAGGCCGCGCUCUCGCUGCCGCACCUGCCCCGCGUGCGCACCGCCUAUGGCUUCUGCGCGUUGCUGGAGAGCCCGCACACCCGCCGCAAGGAGUCGCUCUUCCUCGGGGACCCCGGCGCCUCCGCGCUCCUGCGGCUGCCCGCCUCCGAACCCGUGCUCCGCGCGCGGGCCCACACCUACGGCGGCGGAGGAGACGCCCCCAUCGGGUCCGCGGGCGAUGGCCCCUCCCGCGCCUCCACGGUCCCCGGCGGCCUCCGUCCGCCCCGGGACGCGCUGAGCCCGCGGUCCCGCGGCCGCCGCCUCCUGCGCGCCCCUGAAGUGCUGCUGAGCCGCGCGCUGCGGGCCCGGAGGAGUCGUGGCUUGGCCCGGGACCCCUCCGCGUCCCCUCCUCCGCCCCCAGGCCCGCAGCCCGAGCGCUUAGAGGCCGAGGGCACAGUGACUCUGGGCCGCGCCGGCGGCGCCCUGCGCCUGGCCGCCGAGUACAGUCGACCGAGCGGCCGCCUCCGCAUCCGGCUGCUCCGCGCCGAGGGCCCGGCUGAAGGAGCCGCUGAGUUCCCCGCCGUCGGCUGCCGCGUGAGCUUUGUCCUGCAGCCGCCGGGCAAGACGCACCGGAGGCGCAGCGCCGUGGUCCGCCGGAGCUGCAAGGCGGUCUUCGACCAGGACUUUUGCUUCGACGGGCUCUCGGAGGACGAGGUGCGCUGCCUGGCGGUGCGCGUCAAGGCCGAGAACAAGGGCCGCGGCUUGGAGCGGGGCCGCCUGCUGGGCCGGGGCGAGCUGCUGCUGGGCUCCCUCCUGCUGCUCUGAGGGCACACAGGCCUCAGGCGCUGCCUGCGGGGAGCUUUCUGCUCGCUGGGGACUCUUGGACACUUGACAGCUAUUUUGUACAAAUUAAAUAUUAUUUAUUAGUUUUUCUAUU